AUGGCUGCAAAUCGAGAGAGACGCGCGAACGCGGGAAACCGCCUUCAAGCACUGUUGAAUCAGGAGGAGGACAUGGAGGAGCUGUUUGAUGAUGAGGGUGUCGAUGAGGAGUUUGAGAUUGAAGGCAAAGAUGAGGACGAUAUUGUGGAUUCAGAUUUUGACCAGUCGAGUGCGGACGAGGAGCCAGCUGAGGAUGAGGAGAUCGACUUGAACGAGGAUCCAGAGGAAGCCAAAGCGCGGAGGAAACAGCAAGCUAUGCUUAGUCAUCUGAAAACAGGAAAAUCUGCCUUUACAGUGCCUGCCGCAGGACAGACAGCUACUACGGGACGUGCGAAAUCGGCUCGGCAGGCUGCCGCUGCUGCUGCUACUACUACUGCGGUACCUACCAAGAGGAAGACUACAUCGACAAGUUCGAGAAGGGUAGCCAGUUCCUCAUCGACGGCAACCACUUCUGCAGCGGCAUCUCCAGGACCUUCAUCAGCAGCCAUGAUCAGGAUCCCGGCCGAGAUUCGUAAAUCGUCACGUCGGACUACGGUCCUCAACAAUCAAGAGACAGAGCUCAAAUUGCUGGAGUACGAGACCAGGAAGGCGAUGCAACCCAAGCGAGAGAAGGUUGUUGUUCACAAGAUGACGCAGGAGGAGCUUUUGGAGGAAGCCAAGAAGACCGAGGAGAUCAACCUGGCUUCUCUACAAGCAUUCAAGGCGAUGGAAAUGGAAAAGAAGAAGGUCGUCAAGAAGAAGGACGUGGCGAUGGGACCGUUUGUGCGGUACCAUUCGUUUGCGGAAUGGAUUGGGCAUGGACCGUUGAUCCAGGCACUGGCUGAUACUGGACCUGCGACACCUGGAGGUACUCGACCCCCGACGCGUGUGGGAUCAAGAGCAGGGAGCAGAGCGGGAUCCAGAGCAGGAAGUGCUGCACCAGAUAUUAUUCCUACUCAGUAUGGACAUUCUGGGGCUGGUGGUGGUGUCCCUGCUCAGAGUCUUGCACAAUCUCUGGCCCAAUCAUUGCUGCAACAACAGCAGCUUCAACUUCAGCAGAAUCAGACGUCACGAUCGGUGUCGAUGUCUAGGGAUUCGAGCCCGGCACCCCAGGAGAGUAGACAGCUCAAGGUUGAUUUCAACGGUGUCGACAGCGGACCCGUUUCUAGAACGCCAGCGUCACCUAUGAGUGUGGAUGUGGGCAGCCAAAAUGGUGACGUCGAGAUGUCUAUUGCAGGAGGAGUAGCAAUGGGAGAUGCAGAAUCGAGAAGUCGGAAGGGCGGAGCAGGAGAGAUUCCUAGCGGAGCACUCACGCCUGCUCACUAUGCGACCAUGAACAUGUCGGCGGGAUCGAUCGCACGGAAACGGAAAAGGCUGCAUCCUACGCAGAUGUGUGGACGCAAUUGGAUCACGUUUAUGGACUUUGAUGACGAGGAUUCGCCUGUCAGCGAAUGGUCAUUUGAAGAAAACUAUCCGGAACACAAACCGCUCUGCCCGAUAACAGGAUUACCAGCAAAGUACAAGGACCCAAAGAGCGGGAUCCCAUACGCCAACAAGGAGGCAUACAAGAUACUCCAGAAUGUGAUCCGCCAUGGCUACGUCUGGUCCAACGGCUUGAACGCCUACUGUCAUGACGUGGCCCAGCCGCUGCCGAAGGGUGUUCCUGCCGGGAUGGCUGAGGCUCUGAUGGGGGGACAGCAGGUCGGGGAGGGGAUUGUAUUGAAGGAUGGCGAUUUGGUCUCGGCGGGGAUCCCGGGCGGUGGUGGGGGAGGGUAUACCUAUCGUCGGCGUCAGCAGUAG